AGGGAUUUUCCAACUCAAGGCUGCCUCAGGAUCACAAGAUUUCUGGGUCCCCAGACCUAGUACUGUCCUGGGCGGUGCACAAGGCAGUCCGGAUACCAGGGUGGGUGGCAGCUCUCUCGCACAGGUCCCUGCUUCUCUUCGACAACCAUGGCUCCAAAACAAAAGCCUUCAGUAAAGACCGAGCACCCUGAGAAGAAAGAGGAGCAAUGGGGGUCAGGGAAAGAGGACAGCUUCCACUCCACUGCUGAGGCUCUCAGAGCUGCACCCACAGAGAAGCGCAUAAUCUGUGUGGACCCAAACUGUCCACUUAUCAACAACCCUGGCAUCCAGGUACACGAGGAUUAUGACUGCACCCUGAACCAGACCAAUAUCAGCAACAACAACAACAAGUUCUAUGUCAUCCAGCUGCUGGAAGAUGGCAGCCACUUCUUCUGCUGGAACCGCUGGGGCCGCGUGGGAGAGGUGGGCCGGUCAAAGAUAAGCAGCUUUACCCGCCUGGAAGAUGCAAAGAAAGACUUUGAGAAGAAGUUUCGUGAGAAGACAAAGAACAAAUGGGCAGAGCGGGACCGUUUUGUGGCCCACUCCAGCAAGUAUACACUCAUUGAAGUGCAAGGAGCCGCCAAAGGCCAGGAGUCUGUGGUGCCGCUGCUCCAGGCCCAUGUGGCUGUCUUACCCCAGGGAGUCGGAAGCUCAGCAGGAACUGUGGUUAAGCAGGAACAGCCCUGCUCUCUGGACCCUGCCACCCAGAAACUCAUCUCCAAUAUCUUCAGCAAGGAGAUGUUCAAGAACACCAUGACCCUCAUGGACCUAGAUGUGAAGAAGAUGCCCCUGGGGAGGUUAAGCAAGCAACAGAUCGCACGGGGAUUUGAGGCCUUGGAGGCCCUGGAAAAGGCUCUGAACGCCCCUGCAGAGGGCAGCCCGAGCCUGGAGGAGCUGUCCUCCCGCUUUUACACUCUCAUCCCACACAGCUGUGGCCGCAGCCGGCCCCUGACCAUCGACACCCCUGAGCGUUUGCAGGCUAAGAAGGACAUGUUGCUGGUGCUGGCAGACAUUGAGCUGGCCCAGACCCUGCAGGCAGCCUAUGGAACAGAGGAGACAGUGGACCGAGACUACCAGCUCCUCAAGUGCCAGCUUCAGCUGCUGGAUUCUGAAGCACCUGAGUACAAGGUGAUACAGACUUACUUAGAACAGACGAGCAGCACCUCCAGAUGCCCGGCUCUGCAGCACGUUUGGAAAGUGAACCGGGAAGGUGAGGGAGACAGGUUCCAGGCCCAUUCCAAGCUGGGGAAUCGGAAGCUACUGUGGCAUGGCACCAACGUGGCUGUCGUGGCUGCCAUCCUCACCAGUGGGCUCCGCAUCACACCACAUUCUGGUGGUCGUUUUGGCAAGGGCAUCUACUUCACCUCAGAGAACAGCAAGUCUGUUACUGCCACGCACUGUGGGGACCACAAGGUGGGCUACAUGUUCCUCAGCGAGGUGGCCCUGGGCAAAGAGCACCACAUCACCAAGGAUGACCCCAGCUUGAUGUGCCCACCCCUCGGCUUCGACAGUGUCAUUGCCCAAGGACGCAGAGAACCUGAUCCUUCCCAGGACAUUGAACUGGAGCUGGAUGGCCAGCAAGUGGUGGUGCCCCAGGGCCGGCCCAUCCCAUGCUCAGAAUUCAGCAGCUCCCCCUUCUCCCAGAGUGAGUACCUCAUCUAUCAGGAGAGCCAGUGUCGCCUGCGCUACCUGCUGGAGGUUCACCUCUGAGCUGCGGCCACACUCCAGGGUCAUCAGUCAUCCUCACCGUCUCUUGUCACCCUGUAUCACCACUCCUUUUUCAUUUUUUCAAAAGUACAUCUAUGACUGGUAUAUUAAUAUGUGCCUGUAACCCAAUAUUCAGGAGGCUAGGGAAGGAGGAUCACUUGAGCCCAGGAGUGAAGGACAGCCUGAGCAACAGAGUGAAACCUGUAUCCAAAAUAUAUGUAUGCUCCAGUUAACAUUUUGGUCAACAGUGGACUAUAUAUUUGAUGAUAAAUCUGUAAGAUCCCAUCAUCUCAUGAUCAUCUUCAUUAGUAACAUGCUUCGUUUGAUAUCCACUCCAUGACAGACUCACCUGUUUCUGAGACACUUCCCCAUUGCUAAGCAGUGAAUCUCUGUACACUUAUGGUUCAUAGCUAGGUGACACGCAAGGGCCUCGGGCACCACAGCCAGGGCUCUGGGCUGUGACUGGACUGGGGCACCAUAGCUGACUUGCUGUUGCAGUUAGAAGGUCGGCUCUGGUCAGAAAAGGCAGCCCCUGGGGCAGGACCAGGAAGGGUGUGCCUCCUUGCAGAUCUGCGCCUUGGACACUACAACAAAAGCAGCUUUGCCUGUCCCAAGCCCCUCUGCCAUUCUGUUACCUGCCUUGAGGCUGCCAACCAUGGCAAAAUAAACCUCUCCUUUA